CCCAGUAAUUAACUAUACCACUGGAGCGCUUUUGCACAGAAGGGAUAAAUGGCGGGGCAUUCGGAACAGCGGCUUAGCGCAAGCAUGGUCAGUCUUUCAGGUCUUUCAGGUCUCCCAAGGCGUGCGGCGCAUCCCUUAUCUUAGCGUGCAUAGCUCAGCUACCUGCUGCCCUCUCUUAUCGGAGCUAUGGACCUGUUGAUGGCCUGGAACAAUUCCGCAGAAAUCCAUGUCAUCAUAGAAACUUUGCGUGCGGCUCGUUCGAUUGAUAUUCAGACGGAAGCACACAACGAGUUGAGGCUUCUCGAAAGCGCCAGAACACCCCCACCACCGCACAAUUCGAUAGACACAGUCUUUCGAUAUGGCCGACAGACCUAUGCCCUCGUCCUUUGACGACGACAAGGACUAUCAAGAGACUGGCUUCCAGAAAGUCUCGCGCAAAUUGAAAGAAGAACCACUCGUCCCCCUUGGUACGCUCCUGACCUGCUUCGCCCUCUACAAUGCUUGGCGCGCCAUGCGAAAGGGCGACCACGCCCAGGUCCAGCGCAUGUUCCGCGCCCGUAUCGGUGCGCAGGCCUUCACCGUCAUGGCCAUCGUCGCCGGUGGAGCAUACUACGGUGCGGACCGCGAGAAGCGAAAGGAACUCAUCAAGCUCGAGGCACAGAAGCGCGCCGAGGAGCGCCAUGACAAGUGGCUGAAGGAACUCGAGGUCAGAGACGAGGAGGAGAAGCUCCUGAAAGAACACUUGAAGCGAAGGUCAGAGAGAGUCCAGGCCAAGAAGGUGGAAGAGGCCGAGAAGGUGGCAGAGAGCGUCGAGGGCGCCGAUGCAUUACCUAAAGCAGAAAGCCAGAUACCGGCAGAUGACAAGCAGGAAGGAUCGAGUGUGCUGGGCGCAUUGUCCAACGCAGGAGGUUGGUUUGGCACAGGAAAAUCGCCUGCAUCAAGACCGGCGGAAACGCCGGCGACAGAGAAUGCAAACAAGAAAUAGGAUCGUUCGUCCUACAUCGUCUUCGACCACGUUACGAAGGCCAUCGUUCUACUCAUUCUGGUCAGGAUUCGGGCUCGAAGCUGGCGAGCCACCAAAAAGGCAAAUCAUUGCAUUGUCGUUCAUAAUGUACAUCACUCCUCUGUAACCAAUACAUGUCAUUUCAAGUUUCUAUGGAAUGUAAACACGAUAAAGUACCUGAGAUAUGGACUAUAGACCAUCAUCAACUGAGGUAUAGCGAGCGCGUUAAAGUGAGCAGGUUAGUCGCAUGAGUGUUCUCUGGGGAUUUCUAUAUAAAUCAAUUGAUUUUACAACUAGGC